GGACAUCCGGAGGAUCGGUAAAGGUUAAAAAUGUAAAGGAAUUUGUCUACGGGAAUCUCAAACACAACUCACCAGUUUUGCUGUCUUUGUCCAGAUAUUUAAGAAGUGCAGCAAGGGUUUCACACGAUCAUCCUUCCUGCUCAGACGGUGGGGAGGGAUUCACUCGAUUGUCCUUCCUGCUCAGACUGUAUGGAGGGAUUCACUCUGUCAUGUAACUGACUGGCACACCCAUCGUUUUACAUGGGAGUUCACCUGCUCAGACAGUGGGAAUGGAUUCACUCGGUCAUUUCAACUGAAGGUACUUCAGCAAGUUCACACUGGGCAGAGGCUGGACAUCUGCUGAACUUGUGGGAAAGGAUUCACUCGGUCAUCUGACCUAAUGGCUCACCAGCGAGUUCACACCAGGGAGUGGCCGUUCACCUGCUCAGACUCUGGGAAGGGAUUCACUCGGUCAUCUGAAGUAAUGGCUCACCAGCGAGUUCACACUGGGGAGAGGCCGUUCAUCUGCUCAGAAUGUGGAAAGGGAUUCAUUUUGCCAUCUAAACUGAAGAUACAUCAGAGAGUUCACACUGGAGAGAGGCCAUUCACCUGCUCAGAUUGUGGGAAGGGAUUCACUCAGUCAUCCUACCUACUGGUACACCAGUCAGUUCACACUGGGGAAAGGGCGUUCACUUGCUCAGAGUGUGGGAAAGGAUUUACUCAAUCAUCCACCCUAAUGGCUCACCAGCGAGUUCAUAGUGGGGAGCGGCUGUUCACCUGCUCGGACUGUGGGAGGGGGUUCACUCGGUCAUAUAAACUGAAGGUACAUCAGCGAGUUCACACUGGAGAGAGGCCAUUCACCUGCUCGGACUGUGGGAAGGGAUUCACUCAGUCAUCUGUACUGAAGUUACAUCAGCGAGUUCACACUGGGGAGCGGCCGUUCACCUGCUCAGACUGUGGGAAGGGAUUCACUUGCUCAUCUCAACUGAAGGUACAUCAGCGAGUUCAUACUGGGGAGAGGCCGUUCACCUGUUCAGUCUGUGGGAAGGGAUUCACUUUGUCACCUCACCUACUGAGACACCAGUUAGUUCACACUGGGGAGUGGCCAUUCACUUGCUCAGUCUGUGGAAAGGGAUUCACUGAAUCAUCUGUCCUGCAGAGACACCAAUCAGUUCACACUGGCAAGUGGCAGUUCACCUGCUCAGACUGUGGGAAGGGAUUCAAUCGGUCAUCUCACCUGCUGUUACACCAGUCAGCCCAUACAGGGAAAGGGCCGUUCACCUGCUCAGUCUGUGGGAAGGGUUUCAUUUCAUCAUCUCAACUGAAGAUACAUCAGCGAUUUCACACCGGGGAGAGGCCUUUCUCUUGCACAGACUGUGGGAAGGGAUUCACUAUGUCAUCUCAUCUGAAGGUACACCAGCGAGUUCACACUGGGGAGAGGCCAUUCACUUGCUCAGACUGUGGGAAGGGAUUCACUUCGUCAUCUCAACUGAAGGUACAUCAGAGAGUUCACACUGGGGAGAGGCCAUUCACCUGCUCAGACUGUGGGAAGGGAUUCACUCGGACAUAUCAACUACAGAGACACCAGCGAGUUCACACUGGGUAGAGGCCAAUUUCAUGCUCAGACUUUGGGAAAAAAUUCUCUCAGCUAAAUCAACCAAUGUAUAUCACUGUUGACACUGGGGAUAUUCCGUUCACCUGCUGUGAAUGUGGGAACCAAUUCACUCAGUGAACUAACCUUAUGUAGCUCUUGCUUUGGCUAGUAGCUUAAUAUAACGGGUGAUAGACCCCAGCCUGGCUAAACUUAAGAAAUAUCAUUUGGAUGGAUGCUGUGUGAUGUGUCCCCUGCUACAAAUCAGAACCCUGAAAUAACAGUAAACAAUAUGUGAUUAAACAAUUGAGCUUUGUAAUUCAUACUUUGACCAGAGGGUUAGUAAAGAAAACAAAUUUAAGAAAAAGAAAAAGGACCCACUCUCUCCAUUUGCAUUUUCUCAUUUCUCCCUGGCAAAAGACCAUGAAAAUCUCUCUUCCAGACUCACAAGAAAGAACAUUUCUGUCAUUGGAUAGCCCCAUAGUCGUAGCCUAAACAUUGCUGCUACUGAGAAACCAUUACCUCAGCUGGGAAACUUUACUGAGAGGUCCUUACAUUAGCAGUGAAACCUUACAGCAUGUAAGACUUGUGACACACUACUGGGUUCACACUGGGGAGAAAGUUUCAAUGAGCUGCAUGCUGGAUAUUUGUCCAUCACCAUUGCUGAAUGCAACUUCGAGACUGACUGUCGGUGCUGAACUCUGCAAUUAUUGCUGCUGCUCACCACACCCAGUUCUGCACCCUGGUCACUGGGCAUGGGAGGAGUUUCUUCUGCUGCACAUUCACCUUUAAUGGGACUGGAGUUUAAUAUUCUGGAUCUGAGACAAAUAAAUCAAUUAUAUUUUAAACUCUGUCUCUGGUACUUACUGAAUUUAUAACACACCUAGUGUACAGUAGAGAGUCAACUCAAGCCAGCUGGACGCUGCCAGUGAUUCAGUUCCAUGACAGUCCUUUUAAAUCCUCUCCUGUUGUUCAUCUCUCACUCUCCCUGGGUGGUGAGAUCCACCACUGGAUCCAUAUUCCAGUGGUGACGGAUUCCAAACAGACACAACUCUGUGGUGAAGAGGUUUCCUUUGAGUUUUCUGCAGAGUGAAGAAGUCGAGGAGAAGGAAAUCAGAAGUGGGGUGUGGCAAUGUCAGAGUUGAAACAUUUUGAAGCUGAUUGACAGAGAAAAUCUUUUGUUUGUCUGACUGAUAACACGAACAAUACCUGUGUUGAAGUGCUCCACUGUUUGAGGAACUGUGUGUGUUCGGAAAUGCUUUAUCUAUUAAGGGAGUUGUUCCUGCUUGUUUAUCUUGUAAUAUUAUAUCUGGAUCGUUGUUAUGGAUUGUCCUAUCUGAAAUAAUGUAUUGAUUAAUGUAUAAUUUUGUCACCAUUUCAUCUGCUCAGAUCGUUGGGAUGUCUCCCAUGGAGGAUCAUACUCGUUCAACUGAUUAAUAUUUCCUUCCAUAGUGAUGAUUAAUUUUUCUGAUUUGGCCUGUCAUUUAAGAUUUCCGGUCUGUAUUUCUUAUCACAAUUGCAUAUACACACAUGGAGUGCUGAAUCCAGUUCAUUUUUGAUGAAAACAUAUAUACCUAGAAGUUUUAUCUGACUGUUCUGUGAUAUUUUUUUAUUUCAUGUGUGUUAUUUCCCUUCCUCCAUCUGUCCAAGGUAGUGUUAAUCUAAGUGGGUUUGAGUGUAAAUAGUCUUUUCUAAAGCUUUCUUAAGUUAUUGUUUAUCUUUCUAAAUUAUACUAAUUGAAAUGGGACCAAGAUAUUUUUAUAAAAAAAGAAGUCAAUGUCAGUAUUGAUGAAAGUGUGUAUUGCCUGUGUUGUAUUUGUUAGUUAUUGAGCUCUAUUUGGUAGUUUUUUUUUUAAAGUCUUGAACUGAAUUUUGUCAAAGGUUUUCCCUAUUUUGCAGUACUUUCUAUUUUUGUUGCUUGUUGAUAUUCCAGAUAUGUGGGUAUCAAGUGUCCCGGUGAAGGAUCUUGGCCCGAAAUGUUUAUUCCCAUCCAUAGAUGCUGCCUGACAUGCUGAGCUUCUCCAGCACUUUGUGUGUAGUUCUCUAGAUUUCUUGCAACUGCAGGUCCUCUUGUUUCCCAGAUACUUAUAUGUUUCUUGAAAGAAGAAGCCAAGAACAAGCUGGUAGUGGGGUUGAGUGGCUCUGUUGGUAAAAUAUUAAAUGAAAUCAUUAGAAAGAAGUGGCGUAGGGUAGGAAGGUGUAAAAUCUGUGGGUAGAAUUAAGGAACAGCAAAUGUAAAAAAGAAUCCCUGAUGAGAAUUGCACAGAGACCCCCAAACAGUAGUAAGUAUGUGGUCCUCAAAUUACAAUGGGAGAUAGAAAAUGCGUGCCAAGAGGGCAAUGUUACAGUAGUCAUGGGGGAUUGUCAUGCAGGUAAUUAGGAAAAUUAGGAUGGUGUUGGUCUCAAGAGGAGGAAUUCCUGGAAUGCCUACAAGAUGCUUUUUUAGAGCAGCUCGUGAUUGAGUUCACUUGGGGGUCAGCUAAUCUGGAUUGGGUGUUGUAAUAAACCAGAAUUAAUUAGGUCACUUAAGUCCAAAGAACCUUUAGGGGUAAGUGAUCUUAAUCUGAUCUAAUUCACCCUGACAUUAGAGAAGGAGAAGCUAAAGUCAGGUGGAAUAAAGAGAAUUAGAGGGGCACGAGAAAAAAAUUGUUCAAAAUUGAUCUAAAAAAAACAUGGGCCGGGACGAAAACAGAUCAGCAAUGUCUGGAAUUUUUGGAAGGCACAGGAUAUAUACUGUGGCAUGCAAAAGUUUGGGCACCCCUGUUCAAAAUUUCUUUUACUGUGAUUAGAUAAGUGAGUAAAAGAUGACUUGAUUAUAAAAGGCAUAAAGUUAAA